UAGAAGAAGCACCCGUGACCUCUCAUUCAUUUCCAUUCUUUCUUUUCUCUCUUCUUAACAAUAAGCUUCACUUUUCACCUAAAACAACCACCAUAACUUACUAUAUAAACAUCAAUGCCUUCAACCAUUAAUCCUUACUUUCUUUCUUUCUUUUAGUUUCAUCAUUAGGUCAAAAGUAUAACACACUGUGUUAGGCGACCAACAUUUUUGUUCCUUUUUUUUUUCUAUGGCGAUUUCAAAUUCGCAUUACAUUUUGUGUGUUACAAUAGCAAUCCUUGUGAUUGUUGUUCAAAAUUCAAGAAGUGCAUAUUGCCGGCACCAUGAUGAUGGCAGUAGAAAGGGAAUUCGAUUGAGGAAUGGAUUAUUGUCCAACAUGAGUAGGAUAGACUUCUCGGAAGAACAGUUCAUGAAAUGGGUCAACUUUGUUGGUAACCUCAAUCAUUCCAUGUUCAAGGCUGCAAAGAACAAGCUCUUUGCUUCCUACACUUUGCAUGUUGAUAACAACCCUGCACUUGGUGACUUCACUUCCAUUCAAGACGCCAUUGAUUCUCUUCCUUCCAUUAAUCUUGUUAGAGUCCUCAUCAAGGUUCAUGCAGGUCUUUACACGGAGAAAGUGAACAUUCCUCAAUUGAAAUGGUUCGUAACAAUAGAAGGAGCAGGUGCAGAUAAAACAAUAGUUCAAUAUGGUGACACAGCACAAACACCUGGCCCAAAUGGGAGGCCAUUGGGAACCUACGGUUCUGCUACUUUUGCUGUUAAUUCACCUUAUUUUAUUGCAAAGAACAUCACAUUCAAGAACACUACUCCAGUCCCUGCACCAGGAGCAAUUGGAAAACAGGCAGUGGCAUUCAGGAUUUCAGCGGACACAGCAGCAUUCUAUGGAUGCAGUUUCUUGGGUGCACAGGACACACUGUAUGAUCAUAUGGGAAGACAUUAUUAUAAGGAUUGUUACAUUGAAGGCUCUGUUGAUUUCAUAUUCGGAAACGCUCUCUCUCUAUUUGAGGGGUGUCACGUGCAUGCAAUAGCACAGAAUAUGGGAGCAGUAACGGCGCAGGGGAGGAGUAGCAUGUUGGAGGACACGGGGUUCUCAUUCGUGAACUGUAAGGUCACGGGGUCAGGGGCACUAUACCUGGGAAGGGCAUGGGGUCCCUUUUCUCGCGUGGUCUUCGCCUAUACAUAUAUGGACAACAUCAUCAUUCCCAAAGGCUGGUAUAACUGGGGUGACCCUAAUCGUGAAUUGACUGUAUUCUAUGGACAAUACAAAUGCACAGGAGCGGGAGCAAGCUUUGCUGGGAGGGUAUCAUGGUCAAGGGAACUCACUGACGAUGAAGCCAAGCCUUUUCUUUCUCUUUCCUUUGUUGAUGGCACGGAAUGGAUCAAUCUUUGAUCAUCACAUCAUCAAUUCAUCAUACACAUCAACAUACAUAUGUACAACCAUAUAUAAUCUUAUAAAUUAAUUCAAAUUCCUCUUAUAUAUC